AAUUUGCUCUCAUUACGAUUUGCGAAUCUCUUCUUCUUCUUCUCUGUUUGAAUAUUUUUGGGAUUUUCUCUUUUCGUUUCAAAACAUGAAUUCUCGCAAAGUGGAAUUUAGCAUCAUCAAUCGCAAGGAACUCUCUCCAGCACAACCAAACUCAGUCAUCGUUGUCAUCGACACCAAAUCUGAAGAGAUCUUUGAAAACCCAACAACCGGUCAUCAAACCCGGCGCCGGCCCACUCAGGUUUCACCACCUUUUCUCAUCGAUAUCAAUCUCCGUAGUUCUAGUCUCGACCACAUCCGAACGCUUCUCCACGAUCGAUUAGUUGGCUACCCUUGGGGUUGCUUGUGCGAUAUCUUAGCCACAGAGAUCUCAACGGAGGCCAUCAACUUGGGUUUUGGACGCAACGGCUUUACCUUGACCAUGACCGUUACAGUUACUUACCAGACCGUCUUCGUUACGUCAAACGUCGAGAAAUCAUUGAGAAUGGUUCUGCUAGGGAGAGUGAAAGCAGAGGAAUUGAAGAGCUUGAAGAUGGACACAGAGUCGUGCUCCAUCUGUCUCGAGAAUCUAUCCGGUCCGAAACCUAUCGGCCUAACACGGAUGGCUUGUUCCCAUGUCUUCCACAAUCGCUGUCUCUUGGAGUGGCUCAAACGUAAAAACACUUGUCCCCUGUGUCGGACUGAGCUCUACGAAUGAUGACUGGAACCAAGGACUGAAAUUAAUUAGGGCUUCAUCUACUGAUUUCACAACGCUUUAGUUUUUUGGGAAAAUAAUGUAAUUUUGUUAUUAAGGUUUCCAAUCGAAGUUAUAAAUUCUA